AUGUACAGAUUGACAGCGAUUGAUAUGACUACUGGAGAGAAUAUUAAUUGUGUUCAAUCAGCACUUUGUUCCGAUGGAAUAACUUUGGAUUCAAAUGAAAACUUAAGACAAAAACAACAUCAACCACAUAGUCGACAUGAAUCUCCAAUUAUACAUACACAUACUGGCUAUUUAUCUUCUUCAAUAACACCAUCAUCAUCAUCAUCUACAUUGUGUUGUAAAUCAUUUUCUAUCAAAGUUUAA